ACAGUUUCCACACGCCAGAAGAAAAAAAAUCAAAAGCCAACCCAUUUCUGAUUUUCCAUUUGAUCUGUUCAACUCAAGUUUACUCCUAAAUUUUCUCAAGGAAAAAACACAAACUCUCCCCAAAAUGCAUGAUUUUUGCUUCACGAUCCCUUAUGGAUUAAUUCUUGUGGCUGGAGGAGUUAUUGGGUAUUGGAGGAAAGGAAGCACAGCAUCACUCGCUGGGGGUGUAGGCACUGGGUUUGUUCUCAUUCUUGCUGGAUAUUUGAGCUUUAAAGCUUUUGAGAAGAAAAAGAACUCUUAUUUUGCUUUGAUUCUGGAGACUGUUACUGCUGCUGUGCUGACAUGGAUCAUGGGACAACGUUAUUACCAAACAUCUAAAGUUAUGCCGGCCGGAAUUGUUGCCGGAAUCAGUGUUCUUAUGACCGGGUUUUACUUGUACAAAAUCGCUACCGGCGGCAAUCAUUUCCCAGCCAAGACGGAAUGAUGAACACUGGUACAUUGACAUUACCAGUUACAACAGAUCUUUCAAGAUCAUUGAAGCUUAGCUGCUUGAAUUGGAAAAGUUUAGUUACACAACAUGUGCUGUACUUUCUUUAUUUUUUGGACAAUACAUGUGUUGUACUUUGAUGUGUGCAUGAAGUUAAAAUAUAGCCUGUCUUGUAUACCAAAGAACCUCGGUUUAUUCCUUUACCAAAGUUAUGCUGUUCUGUAGGAAAUAUUCUUCUUUUGAAGUUAGUGGAGUGAAUGGCUCACUUAAUUCUCCAA